AUGGACGGUGACACUUCGGACGAAGAGGUCCCGAGUCUCGUACAACCGGAAACCAACACCAAAGUUCUGCAUGACCAAGACGAGGAGAUACCAAACCUUGUGGCUACCUCUAGUGAUGCUCCCCAGAGCAAAGUGCCCAUUACCAUCGUCACUGGAUAUCUCGGAGCAGGAAAAACAACUCUGCUCAACUAUAUCCUCACCGAACAACAUGGAAAGAAGAUUGCCGUAAUUCUGAAUGAAUUCGGUGACUCAAUCGACAUUGAGAAACAACUCACCGUCUCCGACGCCAACUCAACAUCCGCCCAACCCGCACCCUUCGUGCCCCUCGCCAACGGCUGCAUCUGCUGUUCGGUAAAAGACGUGGGCGUGGCCGCCAUCGAGAACCUAAUGGAGCAAUCUGGCCUCUUCGACUACAUUCUGCUUGAAACCACAGGCCUCGCCGACCCGGGCAACAUUGCCCCCAUGUUCUGGCUCGACGACGGUCUCGGCAGCAGCAUCUUCCUCGACGGCAUCGUUACCCUCGUCGAUGCAAAAAACGUGCUCAAGAGUCUGGAUUCCGGCCUCGGCGAUGAAGAAAACAUCGAGAAAAGAAAACAAGCUGCUGCUGACCACGAUGAGCAUGGCCCCUUACUUACCACGGCACAUCUCCAGAUUAGCCAUGCAGACGUUGUGAUUAUUAACAAAACCGAUCUUGUGACUGAAGAAGAGCUGGAAAUCGUCACACAACGUAUCCGCUCCAUCAACGGCCUUGCACGCAUCAAAACGACGACGAAGAGCCAGGUCCCGCAGCUUGAAGGUUUGGUUCUGGAUCUUCAUGCGUACGACCAGGUUACAGACGCCGAUCUCAAGUUUGCGAGUAAAGGACAUUCCCAUCUUGAUCCUACGAUUGCUACAUCCACAAUCACCUUUCCGGCGCUAGACCGCGAGCAGGUGGACAAGUAUGAUCUUUUCCUGCGCACGAUUCUGUGGGAGGAAUCACUGGCGGGGGACGUUCCGUUUAAACCGUUUGAGAUUCACCGGUUAAAGGGGCGGGUGCCGGUGAAAGAUGGGAAGGUGUUGCUUACGCAGGGUGUGAGGAAUUUGUAUGAGACCAAUGAGAUGGAGGAUGUGGCUGGGAGUGGAAGUGCAGAGGCUAAGUUGGUGUUGAUUGGAAAGGGCGUGGAUCAGGAGGGGUUUAAGAAGAGUUUGUUCGAUACACUGGGACUAUAA